UUUCACAACAUUCCAGUCCCUCCCGAAACCUCCACCUCCUCUCGCUCGCUCCCUCGACUCGCCCGUGUGUGUGGGGCAGUGACACGUAACGUUGUCCCUUUCCUAGACUUGACCAGGCAGUAAACGUCCACCUGGGGCAGGGAGACAGGGCUACUUUGAACCCCCUGUCCCCGAUCAAAAGCCAUUGUAUUCUGAACGUGUUGUAACAUGGAGGCGAGAGACGCAACUGCAGGAGCUCUUGUGAGCAGGGAUGGAGAGGAACAAGCUGCAAAGAAGGACACUGAUCCAAAAAACCUUGACAUGCCACAAACCAAAAGCAAGAUGGAGAAGCUCUUUGGGUUCAGGAAGGAGGACCUGACCUCCUGGCACAGCCUGGUGUCCCUCCUGAACCGCCCCACUGACCCUGCAUCCCUUGGCAUCUUCCGCUGCUUGUUUGGUUUGCUCAUGGUUAUCGACAUCACGCAGGAGCGUGGCCUCAGUCACUUGGACUAUAAAUACCUGGAUGGUGCCCCUGUGUGCCGCUUUCCCCUCUUCAAUGUCGUACAGCCACUGCCGAUGGAUUGGAUGUAUCUGGUGUAUGUGGUGAUGUUCUUUGGUGCUUUGGGCAUCAUGCUUGGCUGUUUCUACCGUCUCUCCUGCCUCAUGUUCAUCUCGACGUACUGGUACAUCUUCUUGCUGGACAAAACGGCCUGGAACAAUCACUCGUACCUGUACGGCCUCAUCGGGUUUCAGCUCACAUUUAUGGACGCCAAUAGAUACUGGUCAAUCGAUGGAUUGCGGAGGCCUUCUAUAAGAAAUGCUCACGUGCCUCUAUGGAAUUACACCUUGUUGAGGACACAAAUAUUUAUUGUAUACUUCCUCGCUGGACUCAAAAAGUUGGAUGCAGAUUGGGUGGAGGGCUACUCAAUGUCAUACCUGGCUCACCAUUGGCUGUUUGAUCCUUUCAAAGUGAUUCUGCCUGUGGAGUUAGUAAAUCUGCUGGUGGUGCAUGGAGGUGGUCUUAUUUUGGAUCUGACAGCUGGCUACCUGCUGUUUUUUGAUGCCACACGGCCUUAUGCGUUUUUCUUUGUCUCCUACUUCCACUGUAUGAACUCUCAGCUCUUCAGCAUUGGGAUGUUUUCCUACACAAUGAUGGCCAGCAGUCCCCUCUUCUGCUACACCGACUGGCCAAGAAGAUUCUUUGCACGUUUCCCAGCAUUCCUCAGGGCAGUCCUGCCACUCACCUCACCGGACCCUCAGCCCAGUACUUCCUGUGUUUACAAUGAGAUCCAAAGCACCAGCACCAAUCCCCAGGAGACCCCGCCUGUCGCCAAAGCUCCCAGACUGAAAUUAAAGCACAAGCUGGCAGCCAUCUUUACUAUUCUCUACAUCACUGAACAGCUCUUCCUGCCUUACUCCCACUUCAUCACACAGGGUUACAACAACUGGACCAACGGCUUGUACGGCUACUCGUGGGACAUGAUGGUUCACUCCCGCAGCCAUCAGCAUGUAAAGAUCACCUACAAAGAUGGAAAAACUGGAGAAAUUGGAUAUCUGAACCCCGGAGUGUUCACACAAAGCCGUCGCUGGAAAGACCACGGAGACAUGCUGAAGCAGUAUGCCACGUGCCUCAAUCACUUCCUGCCCCGCUAUAAUAUCUCUGAUCCUGAAAUCUACUUCGACAUCUGGGUGUCCAUCAAUGAACGCUUCCAGCAAAGGAUAUUUGAUCCCCGUGUGGACGUUGUGAAGGUUGAUUGGUCACCUUUCCGACCAAACACAUGGCUGAUGCCUCUCCUGGUGGACCUCUCACCGUGGAGGACCAAGUUUCAGGAGAUUGAGGGCAGUCUGGACAAUCAGACGGAGAUUGUCUUCAUCGCCGAUUUCCCAGGUUUGCACUUGGAAAACUUUGUCAGUGAGGAUCUGGGCAACACCAGCAUCAGUGUUUUGCAGGGCCAAGUGAAUGUGGAGAUAGUGGAGGAGAAGAAGAACUACACUCUGCAGCCUGGUGAGCAGAUGAAGGUAUCUGCUGGGGCCUACCACAAGGUGUACACAGUGUCUGAAGUACCGUCUUGCUAUAUGUACAUCUACGUGAACACCACAGAGACGGCCCUCCAGGAGAACUUCACCAAGCUGCAUGAUCUUCAGGAGCGUGUUCGCAACGGGACAGAAACCGAGCCUCUUCCUCCUCAGCUGCAGCCUCUUAUCGCCGCAGACGGUGAUGAAGGGUCAGAGGUCAAUGCGACGGACCCGAUUGUGCAGCUGUUCCUGAAGAGGCAACGGCGUAUGAAGGAGGUGAAGAAGCGCAGGGAGGCCGGUGCACUGGAGCGACUGGAGCGCUUUGCAGUGAAGAAGUAUUCUACGAUGCGGAGGGGAUUCUUGAUGACAGCCAUCGCGAUGAGAAACCUGGUGGUUGGUCUCCCUUCUCUCGAACAGCUGACAAGGGAAGUCGCCUUCGCCAACAUGAAAGAACCUCAGACCGAAGCCAACCAGGACGAACGGGUGAAAGACGAAGUUGGUCAUGGAGAACUUUAAAGCUGUCUAAUGUGUCGACUUCCUGGAUCACACGUUCCAAACAGAUGUGUGUGUGUAUGUAUUUACUACUGGACUGUUACUGGGACACCGCUGCCCAGAAAUCAAAAGGAUUUUUAAAAAUGUUCUAUGCCUCUGAAAUAUUCUGCCUCUCAGAUUAUUUCCAAAUAUAAAGCCAGUAUUUUUUUUUUAUAGAAUUUCUUUGUGAACCUGAAUUUAUGCAGAGGCCAUGUUAUAGAUGCAGAACACUGUUAACAGAUAUGUUUUGCAAGAAUACAUUUUUGCAUAAGAAUUUUAGAAUUAAAGCUGGUUGACUGGGUGAAUUUCAAGACACUGACAUAUUGAAAAUUAAUAAAAGAAUGCUCCAUGAUGGAUGCAUUAUACUUCAUUGUAAUUGAAAUACUCUAAACUAGUAAUUAUUCUUUGUUGUGAAUUCAAACAAAACAAGCAUGUUACUGAACAAUCGAGUCCUAAGGGGACCGAUCUUGGUGAACAUACUGACAGACAGGUUUAGGUUGGUCGAUUACUCCUCUUCCUGUUGGUUUAUUGCCCAGCACAAAUGAUUCUGUCCGACUCAGAACAAGCACAUUAAAAAUACAAAGAAGGAUAUGUUGAAGUUUACUGUUUUGAGGGAAUAUACUUCCUUUAUCUUCUAUGCUAACCCCUAUAAUGUGAUAAAAACUGACUGAAAUACAGAACAAUUGAUCGCAUGUCAAUUGAAAGGCCUUUUGUAGUGACUUUACUAAUAAAAGCUUGUGUCAAUUCA